AUGUCAUUCAACGAUCUAUUAUAUUCCGGAGGAAAGCUCCAGAUCGACUUGUUUGACGUCCUUCUGCUUUUCCGGCUGCACCGAUACGUCUUCUCCGGGGACAUUGAGAAUUUCUACAGACAGAUAAAGGUCCACCCGGACGACUGGAAGUUCCAACGAAUACUAUGGUAUUCCGGCAGCCAACUGAUCACCUACGAGCUGACUACAGAUACCUACCCCUCACGAGGACGCUACAUCGGUGACAUCGUCAGCGGCGCUAAUACCAUUGAAGAAGCCCAGGCCCAAAUCAAGCAAAUCAUCGAUCUUUGCAUGGAGGGCGGGUUUCCUAUUCAAAAAUGGAUCAGCAAUCAACCAGAUAUACUCUCCCAUGUGCCUCCUAAGAAGCACCUUGAAGCGCUCUCUAAGUCAAUGGACGAAAAUUUCACCGUUCACGCUCUCGGUCUGGCUUGGCAUCCCAGAGCUGAUACAUUCAACUUCACGAUUAAACUUGCCACUGAUCUACCUGUGACCAAGCGGAAAAUCCUAUCUGCCAUCGCACAGAUCUUCGAUCCGCUUGGAUUCCUAACGCCAGUGGUCAUUAUGACUAAAGUCUUCAUUCAAGAGUUAUGGACGGUAAAAUUGGGAUGGGAUGAUGAGCUAUGCCAGGACGACUCCCACAUGUGGAUCGAGUACCUAGACCAGCUUCAAGAGCUUCAGCAACUUUCCAUUCCUCGAUGGAUUCAGCUAACUUCAACCUCAUCAUUUGAGAUCCAUGGAUUCUGCGAUGCGUCACAGAAGGACAUAGCAGCAGUAGCUUACGUGCGAGUUUUAAUCAACAAGACCCCCACCGUUACUUUAAUAUACGCUAAAACCAAAGUUGCACCAUUUAAGCGUCUCAUCAUACCACGAUUGGAAUUAGCUGCUGCUGUGCUGCUCUCGCGUUUACUCAAGCAUGUCAUCACCUCGAUGAGUUGGGACAACUAUUCCAUCCACUGUUGGACAGAUUCCUCCAUCACCUACACCUGGGUUAACAAUCAUCCCUCGCGGUGGAAGGAAUUUGUGCACAAUCGAGUGAAUUUCAUCCAAGAAACUCUACCAUCGGCUCAAUGUAGGUUUGUUCCUGGCAGAUUAAACCCAGCAGACUGCGCCACUCGUGGAUUAACAUCAUCCGAGCUUAUCAAUCAUUCACUCUGGUGGAAUGGCCUUUCCUGGUUGGCUCAACCCACCGACUCUUGGCCAAAUGAAGGUCAAGCUGACUUCACGCCUGAAAACCUUGAAGAACAACCGGACAUUCAGAUUCUGAAAAAAGAAGAACAAUUGAAUAAAAAUCAUCCGCUGAUCAGAUUGACUCCCUGGCUCGAUCCUGCUGGCAUAAUGCGUGUUAGUGGAAGACUCCAGAAUUCCAGCCUCAACACUGAUGCACGACAGCCGAUCAUCUUGCCCCGACGCCAUCAUCUCUCCGAUCUAGUCAUCCUUGAUGUUAGAAUAGACUAG